CCCAAAAUGUCUAAAGCUUUAUUGAACUCCGGAAGGCCAAUUUUCUUCUCCAUGUGUGAAUGGGGCCAAGAAGACCCAGAACUUUGGGCCAGAAAUGUAGGGAAUAGUUGGAGAACAACAGGAGAUAUUGAGGAUAAAUGGGAAAGUAUGACAAAUAUUGCAGAUGCAAACGACAGACGGGCAUCUUAUGCUGGACCUGGGGGAUGGAAUGAUCCAGAUAUGUUGGAAGUUGGAAAUGGAGGAAUGACCACUGAAGAAUAUCGUUCCCAUUUCAGCAUCUGGGCAUUGGCUAAGGCUCCUUUGUUGGUCGGCUGCGAUGUUCGAGCAAUGGAUUCCACAACAUUCGAACUGUUAACCAAUAACGAAGUUAUUGCUGUCAACCAAGACAGCUUAGGAGUUCAAGGAAAGAAGGUGAAGAGUGAAGAUGGUUUGGAAGUAUGGGCUGGUCCUCUCAGUGAUAACAGAAUAGCAGUGAUUUUGUGGAACAGAAGUUCAUCAAAAGCAACUGUGACUGCUUCCUGGUCUGAUAUAGGCUUAGAACCCGCCAGAGUUGUAGAUGCUCGAGAUCUUUGGGAGCAUUCUACACAGACAUCGGUUUCGGUACAAAUCUCUGCAGAACUGGAUUCACAUGCUUGCAAGAUGUAUGUUCUCACUCCCAAUUAA